AUGUCAAACGCGCGUGAACCAUUUAAUUUGGCUACGGGUCUCAUCGAUGACGAGGACGGGGUACCUGGCAAGUUGGCUCCGUUUGGUGGAUUUUCCAGAAGUGAUUUAAAAGAUGUUAUUUUGGGAAAUGAAAAUAUAUUUCUGACUGCGCCUUGGACGGUCGUGAAGUCAGACAGAGGCAAUGGUUCGCUUUUUAAUGCUAUCAACCUAGCUGUGGGAAAAGAGGUUAUAGACCAUUGUAAAUGGGUUGGAGCUAUGGCUCUGCCAAGCGAUCUCAUUCCUCAGAACGUUUUGGAAGACAUAGCUGAUCACUUGCGCGAAAACUAUGACUGUGAAUCUGUGCUGAUUGAUGAUAUGACCUUCCAGGGCCACUACAAGUCUUUUUGUAAGCAAGUUUUGUGGCCAACUCUUCAUUACCAAAUUCCCGAUGACCCUAAAUCCAAGGCAUUUGAGGAGCAUUCUUAUCACUUCUACAAACUAGCAAAUCAGCUAGUCGCUGACAGAAUUGUUGAGACGUACAGAGAGGAGAAAAACCACCUUAACCCAGAUAACCCUGAAAACAUGAUUUGGAUCCAUGACUACCACUUGCUUCUAGUGCCUGCCAUGGUCAGAGAACAAUGCCCCGAAGCAAAAAUAGGAUUCUUCCUCCAUGUCUCAUUUCCUUCCUCGGAGGUAUUCAGAUGUUUAGCUCAAAGGAAGCCGUUGCUAGAGGGGCUCUUGGGUGCAGACUGUAUUUGUUUUCUGAAUGAGGAAUACGUGAGACACUUUUUGCAAACUUGCAGCAGGAUUCUUCUCACAGAUCUGAAUGAGCUUGGGCUUAUAUUUCGUGGAAAGGUUACCCGAGUACAGGCCAUUCCCGUGGGAGUAGACGCAACAAACUUAGAAAGUACUCUCAAAUCUGAAGAAGUUUGUAACUGGAGAAAGAUGAUUCGUGAUCGCUGGCUGACUCAAUCGCUAAUCGUGUCGCGCGAUAAGCUAGACAAGCUCCGGGGGAUCAAACAGAAACUCCUAGCCUAUGAAAGAUACUUGCUUAACGAUCGCAAGCGCAUCGAGAACACUGUGCUAUUACAAAUCUUCAAGGGAGAGACAAAAGACGAUGACUACGAAGCUGAAGUGCUGCAAAUAAUAUCACGCAUCAAUUCAAUGGCAGAUAAUCUAUCUGCGACGCAGCCCGUGAUUGUACUUCACCAUGAUAUUGACUUUGAUCAGUACUUAGCCCUCCAAGCCGAGGCAGACCUAUUCAUUGUAUCUUCAAUGAGAGAGGGGCUCAAUCUCACUUGCCAUGAGUUCAUUAUCGCAACCUCACAAAAGAAAGCUUCCUUAGUUCUUUCGGAGUUUACAGGCUCCUCUCCUCUUCUCGAUUGUAAUGGAAAGGGGGCGUUUCUUAUCAACCCUUGGGACAUAUCAACAUUUGGCAAGACCAUUGGUACUGCGUUGGAGAUUUCUGACAAGGAACGAGAGGAGAGAUGGCGCAAUUGUCAUGGAGUUGUCCUCAAACACGAUUCUCUCGAUUGGGCAAAGUUGUGUUUAAAGGCCAUAAAAGAAGGCUGGAUAAGGAACAAGGAAAAGACCUUCGCACACCACAAGCCAUUUUCAAGAGAAGUCUUUCGCAACUUUCUUGAUGACGCCAAACAGAAAAACUUGAUUGUAAUAAAUGUUGAUGACUUUGGUGCUGCUGCCGUGAAUGGAAGCCAUGGGCAUAAAAGCACAAUUGAAUUAUCAAGAAUCGGCACAAAUCUCGCUGAGCUUUUGAGUAACCGAAGAAACUAUGUCUUUUUCGCCAGUAUCAUGAGGAGGUCGGAGCUUGAUUUGAUCUUUAAAAAUGUUCCAUAUGUGGGGUUAAUUGCUGAGUUUGGUGGAUUCAUCCAAUUUCCUGACACAACAAGCUGGGUUUCAAUUACCAAUAAAGAUAAGGCGGUGACUGGCAUGAACCAAGUUGCACGCAUGUUCCAAACUAAGUCACAAGGAUUGUCGGGUUCGAAAGUUGUGAUCAACGAUUGUACCAUUAGGCUAGCUGCACAAACUGCCAUGACCCAAGACCCGAAAAGAAGCUUGGACGUCAUGGGUGAAUGUGUACAGAUGGUCAAUGACUCCUUCGGUGAAGCGGAAGGCUUGCAUGCUACAAUUGUUAAUGAUAGUGUCGUGGUGCAACAAAAAGAUACAUCUUUACAGGCUUUCAAGUUCCUAUAUUCCUUCUAUACGGGCGCUUUACCGGCUAUUGAAUUGACCCAAAAGUUCAUGAUGAAAAGAGCUGAGUCUAGUGGUGAUAUUUUUGAUGUUCUGUCCGAAUCCCGUUCACCUGAGGUCCACCUCCCAAACAUCGAUGAGAAGAUAAAGAAUAUAUUUUAUGCUGGUGGGCUCAAUCCCUUGGAUGAAAAUAUUUAUGACUUCAUCACUUCACUCGAGAAACAAGGAUCUUUGCGUCUUGGUCUUACAGUUGCUGUUUGGGAUGGAAUAAAAGAAACGCGGACCUCAGCCAAAUACGUCGCAACUGGUCAAAACGAACUUUUGGCCAUCAUAUCUGAUAGAAAUCAGUAA